UUGCUCAUUGAGACUGGCUUCAUUCGACCUGCCAAUGCAGGCAUCUUUACGCUUUUGCCAUAUGGCCAGCGUGUCGUCGAUAAGCUUGAGGAAAGGAUAGACCAAGCUAUGCAGUCUAUUGGUGCAAGCAAGCUCGCCAUGCCAACUUUGCAGUCAAAGUCUCUCUGGCAAAAGACUGGACGCUGGGCAAAUCCUGAGCUCUACAAGCUGGCUGAUCGCAAAGGAUCAGAGUACUGCCUUGCUCCAACGCACGAAGAGUGCGUUACGAAGCUUGUCUCGCAUGAAGUCAAUGGCUACAAGCAGUUGCCAGUACGUGUCUAUCAAAUGACUAGGAAGUACCGCGACGAGAUGCGGCCACGCGGCGGUAUGCUUCGUGGCAAGGAAUUCAUCAUGAAGGAUCUAUAUACGUUUGAUGAUGGCUCUCAGGCAGCACAGCUGACGUAUGAGCAAGUCUCUGCAGCCUAUACACACCUCUUCAAGUCGCUCGAGACGCCAUUCCUAGUUGCAAAGGCAGACAGCGGCAAUAUUGGCGGUGACUUGUCGCAUGAGUACCACUUGCCCGACGCAUCAGGCGAGGACACCCUACUACACUGCCCAAGUUGUAAUCAUGUCGCGAAUCAAGAGCUGGCGACGACACUACCCAUUGAUGCGGAACGCGAGACGCAGCGCUUCGCUCAUGCAUCUUUCCCGGAUACAAUCUUCUUCGAUGUCAGCCUCCCAAAAGGCCGAGUCGCCAACAUGUUGCAGGUAGAGAGACAGGCUAGGCAAUGCGAUUCAACCCGCAGUCUCCAAGUCGAAGCUGGAGAUUCCUGUCCAUCAUGUCAUCAGCCACUUGCUGCCGUCAAGGCCAUUGAAGUAGGCCAUACGUUUCAUCUCGGAACCAAGUACUCAAAGCAGCUGGACUUUACAUACAGCACACAAGAGAACAAGCUGGAGCAUCCAGAGAUGGGGUGUCACGGCAUUGGAGUAACGCGACUUAUGGCUGCUCUGGCUGAGAUCAAGCGUGAUGAAACGGGUCUGCAGUGGCCACCUGGCAUUGCACCUUUCAAGACCCUUAUUGUUGCAUCCGAAAAAACGGAAGCGCUAGCACAGGUAUUGUAUGAUCGUUUAGACGACGCUGUGAUUGAUGAUCGGUUCAGCAAAGGUCUAAUGUAUCGCGUAAAGGAAGCGGAACGUCAAGGCAUCCCCAACAUCAUUGUACUUGGCAAGAAU